GCGUCUCAGCUUCAGAGGAAAGUUGCUCGUCUGUCGUGGCGCGACCCUCAUUCAUCCGCUCAAUUAACAUCUAAUUGGCCUUCAAAGCUGGAGUCAGGCCGGCGAGUGUCAUUCAGCAGAGCCCCGAGAACCUGAGCACCGCUUCCCCGGAGCCCUGCAGAACCAACCCGUGCGUGCAGCGGCAGCGGAGCACCGCGGCCAGACAUGUCAGACAGCGCCGGUUGCGAGUUUGAAAUCGACGUGGAGAGCCUGGAGGCCGAGAGCGACGAGCAGCCGGAGGAUUCCUCCUGCUGCAGCCGGCCGGGCUCCGCGCCGCCGGCCGCCGCCUCCGAGGACGACGGCGACGGGAAGCCGGGCCCCAGCGGCCUGAGCUCGGGGGACCAGCGGAAGCUCAGCCGCACGCCUAAAUGCGCGCGCUGCCGCAACCACGGCGUGGUGUCGUGCCUGAAGGGCCACAAGCGCUUCUGCAGGUGGAGGGACUGCCAGUGCGCCAACUGCCUGCUGGUGGUGGAGCGGCAGCGGGUGAUGGCGGCGCAGGUGGCCCUGAGGAGGCAGCAGGCCACGGAGGAUAAGAAAGGGAUUUCUGGGAAACCGAUUCCAGCGGAGAGGAGGAUUUACCAGCGGCACAUCCGUCCCUCUACCAUGCUCGCCAAAAGCAUCCUGGAAGGGUACCGGCCAGUGCAGCCUGAUCCCUUCUUGGCAGCCAACACCGCCCUUCCUCCACCGCUCAGCGACCGCAUGAGGAAGAGGAGGGCCUUCGCCGACAAGGAGCUGGAGACCAUCAUGCUUGAGAGAGAGUACAAAGAGCGGGAGCUGCUGGAGAGCAGCCAGCCGGCCCCCGGCCCGCUGCUCUUCCCCGGCAGCAUGGUGCACCACGCCGCCGAGUACAGCGCCUACAAAACCGCCUUUUCGCCAGCAGCUCAGGUGGACCAUCAGUCCAAGGAGCGGUGCGGCUUCCUCGGCUCCGGCUGUCUGGAUCUGCCCGCGCAGUAUCCCAGCAGCUCGGCCAACGUCGAGCUCAUCUCCUCCAACGUCAGCGUGGCCACCACCUACCGCCAUUACCCACUGCAGCCGCCGCGCGGCAGCUUCGUGAUGUGGCCCCGUGGCGCCGCCAGCCUGGGCGACGCGCUGCUCUAUCAGCAGUGCCUCUUCAACGCCACCGCCGUGCAGAAUAUGAAGCCGGGCGCCGUGUGGGAGCCCAAAGCGAUGCCCGCUGAGAGCCAGCCGCCCGAGCAGGAGGCCCUCGCUGCUAAACUGGAGGGAUCCCGAGCAGCUGCCCUGCAGGACUCAUCGCUCCUGCAGCGGCCAGAUCCCAAAGCAGCGGGGCCCAAGGAGUGCUCAGCCUUCUCUGCUCCAAACAGGAGCUUUGGACAGUCCUUCCCUAACAGCAGCCAUUCCCACAGCUCAAAGCUGAGCAAGGACACCGCUAAGCUUUCCAUGAAACUCGACUCCUUCCACAACCUCAUCCAGCACUCGCUGGCUGAGAAAAACGCCGGCAGACCCGGGCCGGAGAUCAGAGCUCCCAACUGUAAGGAGCUGCUGGAGGAGGCGGCCCGAAGGUUCAGGGAGGGGAAAAACAAGGACGUUCAGGCCGGGAAGGACUUUUCUACCAAAGCCGUGGGGAACAAGAUGGCGUCUAGCGAGUCUCUUUCCUUUUCCGUGGAAGCCAUACUGAAGCGACCGGCGCCGGCCGUGAGCCGAGCAUUCCACUGACCCGGACCAGAACCUUUUUCUUGCACUACUACAUGUUUUGGGCUCAGAUGAGAACUCAGGCACUGCUUGAACAAAAAAAAAAAAAAAUGGAUCCAUGUGAAAUCUGUUUCUCCAUGUUAUAUAAAUGUACAGGAUAUUAUAUUUUACAUGUGCAUGUUUUAAUAAUGUGUAGAGUAUUUAAGCAUUAUCCAAUGUUUAUUGUUUGUGUCAAUAAACUGUAUAAAACAGA